AUGCGCAUACGCUGGCAGGACCGCAUUACAAACCCCGAAGUCCUAGACAGAGCUGACACCACAAGCAUUGAUGCCAAGAUACUCCAAGCCCAGCUUCGUUGGUCUGGCCACGUCAUUCGCAUGGAGGAGUCAAGAAUUCCACGGCAGGUGUUUUACAGUGAGCUAGGGUCUGGUUACCGCAAGAAGGGUCGCCCAAAGAAGAGGUACAAAGACAACCUCAAAUCCAACCUCAAAUGGACAAGUCUCCUGCCUCGACAGCUCGAGGCGGCGGCGUCCAAUAGAACCUGCUGGCGUGCCCUCACAAGUAAUGCGGUGCAGUCCUUUGAGGGUGACCGUCGUAGUCGCCUUACGGCUGCACGUGACCGGCGUCACCGAGCUGCUUCUGCCUCUGUCCCGACAACUGGCGUCCCAUGCCCCAUCUGCAACCGCAUCUGUGCAUCGGACUUUGUCGUCACUGAUGGUUGCAAAAAGAUGAUAUGGGAAAGAGUACAUCUCAACAAAACCCUAGUCAACCACGAUAUCAGGAGCGUCACUGCUGAAUCAGAAACUCAGUGUCGUAUUAAGUGCUGGUUCACUGAUGGGUGCCUUUCCUACAGCUAUGGACCAAUCAGCGGAGGCCCCAAAAUAUGUAACCUGAGUAACUCAGACCACAAGAUGCACCCACGUGACCUGGUAGACAAGCCUGAUUUUCGGUAUCGAUCUGCAGAGAAUUCCUGCAAUUGCACCGAGGAGUACAUUUGUAGAGUGAACUUUGAGAACAACACUCAUCGCUGUGAAUGUCCGAAAGAAUCAUCCUCAGGCACAUGCGCAAAUCCCGCCCGUGUGAAACCGUGUGGUUCAAGUCCUUGCAAAAACAAUUCAACCUGCACUAACAAGGACGAAAACUCUGGCUACGACUGCACUUGUUCUACUGGGUUUACAGGAAGUGACUGUGAAACUCAAGUAAAACCAUGUGAUUCAAUUCCUUGCAAAAACAAUGCAACCUGCAUUAACAAGGACGACAACUCUGGCUACAACUGCACUUGUUCUGCUGGGUUUACGAGAAGUGACUGUGAAACUCAAGGUAACAAAAUAUAA